ACCCCACUAUCUUCGCUGUUAUGUCAAAACCCCCAAAAUUCUCUAGAUUUUCUCCAUUAUCAUACCCACAAACACCAAAUGGAAUCUUCUCGAAUCGACGAUGAAGACGGCGACCUUUUAGCUUCUACUUCCAAUACCUCCAGUCGUCGGAAUUUCCACUGUUACAGUGAAAAAUUCGCUUUCAACUCCGAUUCCGAUUCCGACGACGGCGAAAAUGUCAAUACACUCGGCGGUUCCGGCCGUAAAUUUAGCUUAGACGAGACGGAGCGAACUCCAAGAUUAUUUGACCGAUUCUACGGCACUUCAUCUUCCGAUGACGAAGAUUUCAGCUCCGGUUCAGGUCAAAAUGGCGCCGUUCGUAAACGACUUGAUUAUAUGAUUCAAUUCCUCGACCGUAAGCUUUCUUCGGAAACAGCUGCUACUUCUGACGGUAAUACUAACGGCAAGAGCCAGUCACAGGGCUUACCUGAGUUUGUAGGUAAAGGUGGCGGUACCGGCAUUUUCAAGUUGCCGGUGCGUGCCGCAGUGCAUCCUGAUCGGCCGCCGUCAUUGGAAUUACGGCCGCAUCCGUUGAGAGAAAGGCAAAUCGGGCGAUUUUUGCGGACUGUACUGUGUAAUGGAUCUCAGCUAUGGGCCGGGUCGGAGCGUGGAGUUCGGGUAUGGAAUUUGUCGGAUAUAUAUGAGGCUGCUGCUGAAGAAGAAGAAGAUGAAGAUGAGGACUUCGAGGAUGCUGCACCUUUUGUGGAGUCUGUUAGCGUUUCCCCAACAUUUUGCCUUGUUGAAGAUGCUGGGAAUAGGUUGAUGUGGAGUGGACACAAAGAUGGUAAAAUCAGGUGUUGGAAAAUGGACAGUGAAAUUAGCAGUAGAGAGAAAGGUGCUGCUUGUGGAAGAGCUGCUUUGAAAGAAGUGCUGACGUGGCAGGCUCAUCGCGGUCCAGUUCUUUCCAUGAUCAUGACUUCCUAUGGCGAUCUAUGGUCUGGUUCUGAGGGUGGUUCCAUCAAGAUCUGGCCGUGGGAAGGAAUUGAGAAAUCGCUUGCUCUGAUAGAAGAGGAAAGGCACAUGGCUGCUUUGUCUAUAGAGAGGUCAUACGUGGAUCUGAAGAGCCAAGUUAUACAAAAUGGCACAUGCAAUAGCAUAUUUUCUGUCGAUGUCAAAUAUAUGAUCUCUGAUCACUCUGGAGCAAAAAUUUGGACGACUGGUUAUGUGUCAUUUGCACUUUGGGAUGCGCGGACGAGAGAGUUACUGAAAACUUUUAACACAGAUGGUCAGGUUGAAAAUACACUAGCAGCACAAGAUCCUGUAAUUGAAGAUGAAAUGAGGAUGAAAAUAGUGUCCAGUUCGAAAAAGGACAAGUCUCAAAGUUCUAUCAGCUUCUUUCAGCGUUCACGCAAUGCUAUCUUGGGAGCAGCGGAUGCUGUUCGUAGGGUUGCGACAAAAGGAGGAUUUGGAGAAGAGAAUCGGAGAACUGAAGCAUUGAUCAUUACGGCUGAUGGAAUGAUUUGGAGUGGAUGUGCAAAUGGAUUACUUGUCCAAUGGGAUAUAAACGGCAAUCGGUUGCAAGAAAUCCAGUAUCACGCAUUCUCUGUUCAAUGCUUAUGCACAUAUGGGUUACGAAUUUGGGUGGGUUAUGCUAGUGGUUAUAUUCAGGUGUUGGAUCUUAGUGGUAAUCUACUUGGAGGAUGGAUGGCUCAUAGUUGUCCUGUAAUAGAUUUGUCGGUGGGUGGAGGUUAUGUUUUCACUUUGGCUAAUCAUGGUGGUAUACGCGGUUGGAGUGUGAUAUCUCCUGCACCAGUGGAUGGUAUUUUGCGCUCAGAGUUAGCUAGCAAGGAAUUUUUGUAUACCAGGCUCGAGAAUUUAAAAAUAUUGGCUGGUACAUGGAAUGUUGGACAAGGAAGAGCUUCUCCCGAUUCACUUAUAUCAUGGCUAGGUUCUGCAGCAGCAGAUGUUGGCAUCAUUGUUGUUGGCUUGCAGGAGGUGGACAUGGGUGCUGGUUUUCUUGCUAUGGCUGCUGCUAAAGAAACAGUAAGAUUCCUUUUCUUUUUCCCCUUUUCUCUCCAACCCGAGCGACCUCUCUUCGGUCUCUAGACUGGUGUUGCUUUC